AUGGCGGCCGCCUCGAGCAAGAUAGAUGGAACAACAUUGACGAAAAUCUUUAAAGUAGAUGAAGAACUGCUGAGAGAAAAGUUUGGUUUACAGCCCUAUCAUUGUUAUGACCCACGAAAAAAAGACAAUCUAGUAUUUAUGUCGCCCACUGUGUGUCUUCAAGACCUGGAGCUUCGUGAAGGAGGAUUGAAGGACAGAGGAGCGAAGGAAGUAUUAGGCCUUCUUGCAAAAGAUAUUUUAAGAGCAAAAGAUUAUUCCCUUUUUCAAGUGCCGGAGAUUACUUCCUUUCACAUGGGGUAUGGAAAGAUGUCUGAAAAUAAGAGAACUAACAUGGCAAUCAAUGAAUUUGAAGCCAAAGCCUGGAUGGAAGUUUUUGAUUUGGCUGCGUUGAAAGCAAAACUUUCAACUUGUCCAGCCCCUAAUGAUAACAAUGAAUCAGCGAUUCACGGACAGGAAGAAACUCCCAUGGAGGUAGACUUUGAGUUUCCAAAGCCAGAGGACACCCAUGCUCUCGAAGAAGAAAACUCGGAAGAUGUUAUUAAUCCCACUGACAGUGGACUCAAAAUUGCAGUGAAGCCCCAGUACCUUUUAUUGUUCUCAAUAUUAAUGAUAUUUUACAAGAAGAAACUUGAGGGAAAAUCAAGCAGUAGAAAUCUUAUUGGUGAAAAUAAGAUUUCCGACUUUCUGCUAUUUUGGAUUCUUCCUUAUUUGCUGUAUUACACCGAACAACAAGUGAACAUUGUCAAUGAACACCACUGGGCUCAAAGCAGGGAAAAAGGUAUUGCCCAGUUUUCAGUUCCAGUUGUUCAGAAGUCUGCCAGGGAAAUCAUUAAAGAUGCACUCAGAUCCUGUAAGGUCACACAACAGCUACAUGAGAAGCUCUAUGCAAAAUUAAAAUUAUAUUAUGGCACGGACCAACUGGAACGCAAGUACAAGUUGCCAGCAGUUGAAGUCAGAGGAAAGCUUUUGCCCUCAGAGCCAAUAAUUCUUGUACCACUCCGCUAUCAUGUAACAGACAUGCCAGUGCAAAUAGAAGACAUUGGCAGAAGGUGGAAAGAAAUUGGUCAAGUAAAUCUCCUGGAUCAAUUUAUUAGUAAGUUCAUUGACAGCAGAGAAAUCCAAAAGGACAUUCUCUGGAGGUCCUUCAAUGAACUGGAACUAAAAGAGAAAUGUGCACUUGAUUACGGAAUUCUUCUACCAGAUGAAGAUACAUUUACAGAGUUCAUGGAGAUGGUAGAAAAAAACCCUGAUAUUUUCAGAGAGUUUCAGUGCACAGUUUUAGACAAGCAGGGACGGGACUUGGCAACUCCCCGCAUUGGAUUAGUGAGAAAUGGAGAGAACUAUCUGUCUGUAGGUUUCUCCUAUUUUGAAGGUAAGGCAUCGCAUUUGAUAGAUCCAUGUGUAAUAUGGGUUUCUUUCUUUUUGGGGGGGUAGAGGGUGUUCCAUGCCUUUAAUCUGAAUAGGCUUCUUCACACCUUCACAUUCCACAAAAAACAAUGAUGCCAGCCAUUGCCUAGCAUCCACUAGGCAACCCCUUUGGUGUAAAUCAUAUAGUGUUUGCAUGUAUUGUAAAAUUGUUCCAAUUCAUUUGGUCUAAAUCAUCUCACAUGAUUGUUCUAUAUUGUCUUCUUUAUAUUAUAGUAAAACAGGAGGUAUGCUCUUCUCUGUUGCCUCUCUGGCAUGUAGCAUAAUAAUUAUUUUUGUCAAGCCUUGAUUUAGGCAGUUUUAAAUCACUGUCACAUGCUUUUAGUACUAGUUCUCUCUUUUGGGCAAGAUAAUUGUUUACUAUUAAAAUAUGUUGGGCACAUCUGUCUUGAAAAGCUAAAUGCAUGUAAUGGUUUUUGCAAAAAAAAUAAGCCUUGCAGCUUAAAAUAAUAAUAAUAUUUAAUACUUUAACAUAGGUAUAUGAUCAGAUGGGCAUACACAAAAAUGAGACUUAUUAAGAGCGGCUCAGCGUAAAUAUCAACUACACGUGGAAAUAGUCAAAAAAUGACCUGGCCUCAAACUCAGCCAGAAUAAAGCCCUAUGGGCCCUAGUUACAAAAUCGUUGCUUUAAGUACGAUCAAGUGAAUAAUAUUUUUUUAACAAAUUUUUUUCUUCCCGAAGCCUAAAAUGGGCAAAAAUCAUGCAAAAUUAGAGUCAUAUUCAGUGGCUCGUAUAUUUUAAAAUAAAGUUGGCUACUAAAAUACACCGAAUGCAAAUAUGGCGGACCUCUCGGCCGGCCUGGGUCUAAUUGCACGAAAGCGAGGCUAGUGAGGCCUCAAGAGUUUUGUUUUGACUGCGCGUCUUAGUGAUUGAGUCGAUCGAUAUGGUUUGUUUCGAGUUGUUGCAUGCCUGAGGGCCACCAAAGAGAAGAUUUUAGUCUAGCUGGAAUAACCUUUACUUUCCCGAGAUCUUUUCACAAAGAAAGUUAAGGAUUCAUACGAUUCGGCGCGGCGAUGGGAAGCACUUUACAGCGAAAGUGUGCUCGCUUCACUUACUUUAGAUGAGAGGACUCACGAAAGUAUUUGAAUGAAAUAAUUUUCACAAGAGAUGGUGUUGUUCCAAGAUGUUUGCAUUGUCUGUUAUUUAUCCAACAAAAGCUAAACAUUCUCGAGAACGGGAGCAUCUGCUGUAGACUGUAAGGUCUUUUAGAUGUCACGCAUUAUAACAACAACAAUAACAAUGGCCUGUUAAUCCUACAAGUGCGGCCUGUAAAACUAUGAAUGAACCAGAAGAAAGCGACAUAUUUUAAGAACAGUCCUUGACCAAAGUGCAUUGAAAAAACUAACAGAGGAACUGUUGCCAACUAAGAAAGUAAGAAGAAGGAAAAAGGUUCUGGCAGAGAAAGAGCGUGCAAGUAUUCGAGCAUUGUAUUUGACCUUGCGCGUGAUCUAUUUUAGCAACUUGUCGAAUGGUUUCGAGAUAAACUAACAGCGAUUUUCCAAACAUUGCUUCUUUUAUGGCACUGCUCAAACCCUUGAACACAGGAUCGUGAAGACUGUGAAAACAUUCGGCCUUGCUGUCUGUCCUUAAGAGCGCCUAAAGAUUGGUAAGUCACGACGGCGGAUUCACUCGUUCUCGAGGAUAUGUUUACCUUUCCUUGGUAAAAGAACGGACAAAGCAAACUUGAAACAGAACCAUGAAUCUUUCAGUUAUUCACCCAUUCUAAUAGUUUUGUAAGUCUUCUCUUCUGAAAUGAAGGGAGCACACUUUCGUUCUUUUAACUCCAUGAUAGUAAAGUGCCUCCAUUCGCCGCGCCGAAUCGCUUGAAUCCAUUUCUUUCUUCAUAAAGAACCUUUGGCAAAGGGAGGAUAAUCAAUUUUCGUCUCAGCUGGAGUUAAAUCUCCUCUUUGAUGGCUCUUAAGCACGUAACAACUCGAAGGAAACCAUAUUGAUCGACUGAAUCGCUAAGACGCGCAGUCAAAACAAAACUCUUGAGGCCUCACUAACCUAGCUUUCGUGCAACUAGACCCGGGCCGACCGAGAGAUCCGCCAUAUUUGCAUUCGGUGUAUAUAAUGACACUUCAUAUUUUUACUAUCUUUCUUCUAUAAUUUUAACUGAUUAGUUCAGGAUUUGGUCAAUAACAGAUUUUUUAAGAAAUUUUUAAAGUUGUUGACUCAAAAUCAUUUAAUCAACGAUCAAAAUUUAGCACUUUUUCAUGAGCUAAAAAAGUGGAUUGGUACAUGGCUUUGAACACCAAGGCUUGUUUAGCCUGAAAGAGCAUUCUUUUUUCUUCAAAUCACUAGUGCUGACAAAGCGAAGCAAAUGUAAAUGUUACUCUAAAAACAGGCAAAAAACGUGACCUCUGACCGAAGCACGACCAAAUGGGAAUUACGGUAGGCGCCAAACUUUAAUUAUUCGGUAACUUCACGAAACAAUAUUGGUCUGAAAUGUGUAUAGGUUUUUUAAAAUAAAGCUGAGUUAAAGUAAUAAGUGUCAAAAAGUCCACAAAGCGGUAAGAAAUACAACAAAAGUCACAAGUUAUCUGUUCCGUUUGACUCUAAUUGCGCAUGAUUUUUGCCCAUUUAGGCCUCGGGAAGAAAAAAAUUUGUUAAAAAAAUAUUAUUCACUUGAUCGUACUUAAACCAACGAUUUUGUAACUGGGGCCCAAAAAAAAUAUAGGGCUUUAUUCUGGCUGAGUCUGAGGCCAGGUCAUUUUUUGAUUAUUUCCAUGUCUAGUUGAUAUUUAUGCAGAGCCGCUCGUGUUUAAAAAGGUUUAAAAGCUUGUUUAUAGUGGAAAGUGCACUUAGCUUAUCCAGCUAAUUUACAGGCACUCCACUCAGAACAAAUAAUUCAAAUAUAACAUAACAGGAUUAAAAACCCCAACUAGCAGGAGGCAACCAGUUGGCUAAUUUACAAGCAUGGCCGAGGAUUUGAACUUGGGCGACUGAGAACAAAUCCAGCAAGUCACCAGAGUGGGACUCGAACCCGGGACCACCGAAUAGCGAGUCCGAAGCGCUGACCACUCAAAAAUAGAAUAUAAAAUAUAGAAUGUAGAAUAAAAGUUAUACGUACUACCUACUGUAUGUAGUGAAACUAUUUACAGUCAAAUGCUACAUCAAUAAUUUAGCAUGACUAAAAACAAGUAAAAGAUAAAAAAGGAUAUAAGAGUCGAAAAUAAAAGAACCUCUGAAAACUUAAGGUCACUGCAGGCUUCUCUUAGAUAGUAGCUAGGUCCUAUUAAGGAGUUUCUUAACCCAUUCAUCCCUGGAAAUUUUGCUGAAAAAUGCGUUUUGAAGCUAGUCAAGUGGUUUUCUGGUCCUCUGUCAUGCUAUAAAGAGCUAAAACUUACCAUAAAGCCAUUUACAGGUCGUACACUUUGCAGAUUUCUGAUCCAGUUGCAAAAUAUUAGCUUGCAAAGUUUGGGCAUGUGCAGAAAGCAAAAUUGCAAGAUAGAUUUUGGGUUCAAAAGUGACACAGCAGUCUUGACUUUUACUUUUUGCUUUCUUUCCUCCCCUCUUUUUUCACUUUUCUUGCCUCAUUAAUAUAAUUUAUAAUUUAGUUUUAAUAUUUUAGCUUUAUCUUAUUGAAUUUUGUACAUAGUUGUAUUUCUUGUCUAUGUUGUUAUCUCUAUUAAUUUUGUAAUAAUUUGUACUUUAGUAUGUCCACAUCAGCUUAUGGCUACCUUCAUAAACAACUCAAAUAAAGUACCGUAAAAUGUCGAAAAUAAGCCCUGGUGCUUAUAUUUUUCAAAGGCCCUUUUUGAGGGGCUUAUGUUUGGAGGGGAUUAUAUACAGAGGGAAGUUUGUGUUUCAAAAUCGGCUAGGCUUAUACUUGGAGGGAAAUUUGCAUCUCUAAAUUGAUUGGGCUGGCUUAUAGUUGAAAGGACAUUUAUGUCAGCAUUUGCAGAAGGUUCUUAAUGAAACUCACCUUGAGGACGUAGACCUUUCUAAAACAUAGCCAUGGAAGACUUUGUCAAUAUGGACCGAGAAAAUCAAAGCCAAGAGUGAAGAGGAUCUAUGCAAACAGCAAUGGUUAGCAUUAGAUAACAUCAAGUGAAGCCAGAUUGGACACCUUAUGAAUUUUACACGACGUGUUAUUUUCAUGAUGGAAUGAGACUGGAAUGUAGAAUGAGGCUAGAAUAGCUGAAGAAACCAAAACUACAGAACGCCAGUUAUGGAGAGAACACAGUAGAGAGUUAAGCUCUGAUCUGAUUGUAAUGGGGUACGGCAUAUAUAAGAACAUGUAUAUUUUAAAAAUUACUGGAUUUGGCAGCUAGUCCUCGAUGGUGUAGUGGAUAUGGAUGUAGGCUAUAAAGCAAGUGACCCGGGUUCAAAGCAUCACAGUGGAGUUUUUCUAUUUCACUUUUAUAUUACACAGCAAAGUUGGACUUAAGUUGUUCUUCAUGUAAUUUUACUGAAAGAAACAAUCUGACUUCAGCCGAUGUUACCUAAUGCUAACACUUUCUGACUGCAAUCAUUUGGCACACGUAAUAGAGUGGUUUUCAUUUGAGUGUCGUAAAACCAAAACCAAAGUAAUUACUCUGGCCAAUCACAUAGGACACAGACAAUACAUUGAACCAAUCAAAACUCGAAGUAAUUACAUGUGGCUGACGCAAAGCGCGGGAAAAUGCAUGCGAGCGCGUCACAAUUGGCUUGGGUUUUAUUUCUGAUUGGAUAAAAAGGUGGCGCGAAUCUUUUAAGCCAAUCGCAUCGUGUAGAAAGUGCAAGACCAAUUACUUUUCGACACUCAAGUGAAAACCGCUCUAGUUCUUUGGCAAAUACAACAAUUUAUAUGUUACUAUACCGUUUUUGAUUUGUUUUAUUUUGUAUUUGAGGGCACUUUCCCAGUACAAGCCCCCAGGGGCUUAUAUUCAGAGGGGCGAUUUAACGAAGGCGGGUUUUUUGCAUUAUGAGUUUGAGGGGCUUAUAUUAGAAGAGCUUACACAUGGAGGGACUUAUUUUCGGAAUUUUAUGGUAUCUUAGUGUAACUGCACCUAAUGUUACAUGGUUUAUUUUGCCCUUUUCUUCUCUGCACAAUUUAGCGGACAGAGUUGUCCUUGACCAUAAAACUGAUGACAUCACAUGUGGUAGAAGGGACAUGGAUCCCAAUGGUUGGUUCUGGGAGGCUCAGGGGCGCAUGGGUUAUACUUAUCAAAAUUCUUUUCAAUUGUAAUGUAGUCUGGUAAGAUUUUCCAAAUCUUUGGAGCAGGUGCAGUAAACAGUUCUAAUAUUUUCUCAUAAAAAGGGAGUUUUAUCUUGCGUGAAAUGGUUUAUACACAGAUUGUGGGCAACAACGGCUGGUCAUAGAAAACAAUCCUGUCCCUAAUUCUGGUGUACUGGGUUGUUCUAGUUACCGGUAUUUGGAAGAAGGAGAUUUAAUUUCUAACACUGGAAAGCUCAGAAAAAAUUUAUUCCAUGAGCUCCAGUGAGAAUCUAACUCAUGAUCCUCCGAGUUCAAGCUCGGAUGCUUUAGCCACUGAACUACUGGAGGCUCUAAGGUGAGCAGGGUCAAAAUUUAAUUAUCUCUAUGCCAGUCAUAGAGGUUCAUGUGAGGAUUGUGCUGUGAUAAGAGAGAUUAGAAAACAAGAUGGUGAACCUCACUGUCUGUUGUAACAGACACUAUACCUUAUUAUCAAUUUUUUAGUAUGUUUUAUUCUGUUAAUGAAUUUUACAAGAUAGGUUUGGUAUUAAUAGCAUUGUUUUCUCUUUAGAGAAUGACAACAAAAAAGUUGCUACACUCUUUAGAGUCAUUGGAUCACACCGUGUAAAUCAUUUUACACUAGCAUUGUUGUAUGGUGCAUGCAUUGAUUGCAGUGAUCCCAAAUGCAAGAUGCUGGGUCGUCUUUACCCAGUCAGCUCCGCCUUAAAAUUUGAAUUCAAAAGUGGCAAGCUUCAAAAAUGUCACAUGAGUAAGGAGAAGAUGGAGAAGAUAGGAGAAGGUUUCAUCAAGGGUCAUUUCAACAGACUAGAAUUUCCAGUGACAUUCAAGUCCUUUUUGGAAAAAAUUAAGACAGAUAAGUUGAUCAAAGAUGUUGUAAUCAAAUCAAGAGGCAAGUUGGAUUAUCCGAAGUUUGAGAAUCAGCAUCUGGUGAAAGUUGCUUACACAUCAGGGUCUCAGUCAGAGAGAUUGCGGGCUGGAAAUGCAGACAAAAAAGAACAAAAAAAAAGGCAGAAACAAAAACUCAAGAUGUUAAAAAAACAUGUCAAAGCUGCCAGCCUCGAAGGCUGCCUCUUGUACAUGAUUGCUAGGAGUGGACCGAAAUGUAAUACUGCAGUUGUAAUGGGCAUCAAUGAUUCCCUUGAGUCUCACGAGGAAAGUUUGGAAGAUGUCGCAAAAGUUGUAAGGAGGACCUUAAUUUAUUUUGUAAUGGCUGCAGUCAUUGCUGGUCUUCCUAAAGGU